UUUACGUCAGCCGUAAAGCUGACAAUAGUGAUAUGAGAUAACUGAACACUGUAACGUUACUUUACAGCAUUUUGUCUAUUUGAAGCAGUUAAAAAUCAAAGAAAGUUCAGCAUUUCCCAAUUUGACAGCUCGUUCACUCGCCGCCACGCCUAAGCAAACAGUUUUACCAGCACUCAGCGUCCCUGUGUGAGUACAGAAAGCAGCGAGAGCCAGUGGAACAAGAACUGCUUUUAGCCAGUCAUUGCCAUGGCCUCCGAAAGCGGCGAUAGCAACAUGGAUAGAGAAAUGAUUCUGGCCGAUUUUCAGGCUUGCACUGGAAUUGACAACAUUGCAGAGGCAAUCACUCUGUUAGAGCUUAAUAACUGGGAUUUAGUGGCAGCCAUCAAUGGGGUCAUACCACAGGAAAACGGGAUCUUACAAAGUAACUUUUCCAGUGAGGCGAGUCAGGCCACAGUGUACGGACCUCCUAGCCUCUCAGAAGCAGCUGACGCAGCAGCAGGAAGCGCAGUUCCUCCCCCCUCUUCUUCAUCUUCGUCUUCUUCACCUCCAUCGUCCUCAGCUUCAGCUUUUUGCCCAAUCAACCCUUCUUCCCGACACAUCGUAGAGCGUCAGUCCCGGAUGCUCAACUUCAGGGUCGAGUACCGGCAACGCUCUGUAGAGCUGGUGGUUGAGGAGGGCAGCACAGUUGGAGAAAUCAAACAGAUCCUUGAAACAGAGCUUGGUGUUCCGGUGUCCAAAAUGCAGUUGAAAGGGUGGAAGAGCGGAGAUGUGUCUGAUAGUAUGGUGCUGAGAAGUUUACACCUGCCCAAGAACAACAGCCUGUAUGUCCUGACCCCCGACAUUGCCCCUACUGCCAGCACCAGCAAAAACAGUGCUCUUCAGGAUUCAUUAAACCAAAACUUCCUGCUGGUCAUUAGCCACCGUGAGGCUCAGAGGGACUACAACCUCAACUUUCCCGGCUCCAGAACCAUACAGGAGGUGAAGAGAAACAUUUCAGACUUGACCAACAUACCAGUCCGGCAUCAGCAGUGGGAGGGAUGGCCUGCAUCAGCGUCUGAUGAUUCUAUGACACUAGCUCUUUCUGGAAUCAGCUAUCCCUGCCAUCACCUGAGUGUUUGUCGAAGGUCCUCGCCAGCUAAUGCCCAGGAACCCACAGAAGAGUGUGCAGAUGUCCAUAUGAUCAGCGACAGUGAGGGUGAUGAUUAUGAAGACGCAUCAGAAUUUGGUGUGGAUGAUUCAGAGAUGUUUGGAGUGGGCUCCUCGAGCUGUAGGAAAUCACCUAUGAUGCCAGAGAAUAGUGAAAAUGAAACUGAUGCCUUAAUUCACUUUACUUCUGAAUUUUCUUCGAGAUAUGGAGAGACCCAUCCAAUGUUCUUUAUUGGGUCUUUGGAGGCAGCAUCUCAAGAGGCCUUCCAUGGCAAAGCCAGAGAUAGAAAGCUGCUGGCUAUCUACCUCCACAAUGAUGACAGUGUUCUCAGCAACGUCUUCUGCUCCCAAAUGAUGUGCGCUGACUCAAUCGUCUCUUACCUGAGCCAGAACUUCAUCACAUGGGCAUGGGAUGUCACUAAAGAAGCUAACAAAUCCAGACUACUCACUAUGUGUACGAGGCACUUUGGCAGUGUGGUGACACAGACCAUACGGACAUACACGACAGACCAGUUCCCCCUGCUCCUCAUAGUCAUGGGGAAACGCACAUCCAAUGAAGUUCUAAAUGUUAUUCAAGGCAAUACAACAGUGGAUGAGCUGAUGAUGAGGUUAAUGGGAGCAAUGGAGAUCUUCACAGCACAACAGCAAGAGGACAUUAAAGACGAGGACGAGCGCGAGGCAAGGGAGAUGGUGAAGAGAGAACAGGACGAGGCCUAUCGUCUGUCUUUAGAGGCUGAUCGUAAGAAGAGAGAAGCCCAGGAGAGAGAAGAGGCCGAACAGUUUCGCUUGGAACAGAUGAGAAAGGAGCAGGAGGAGGAGAAGGAGGCAAUCCGCUUGUCAUUGGAGCAGGCCCUGCCUCCAGAGCCCGAUGAAGAGUCAGGCGAGCAAAUCAGCAAGCUGAGAAUCCGCACACCAAGUGGCGAGUUUCUGGAAAGGCGUUUCCUGGGCAGCUGUAAGCUCCAGGUUCUCUUUGACUUUGUGGCCUCCAAGGGAUACCCCUUUGAAGAAUUCAAGCUCCUCACGACCUUCCCUCGAAGAAAUGUGAGUGGUUUGCCUCCUCUCUUACAGACACGUCAGAGCCGAAAUCGCUUCUCUGCUCCUGUUUUACUGCAAAGUGAGGACGCAGAAUAGAAAAACGGCUUUUUCUUUCAAGAGUUUGCUUGAUCUUAAAGAACAGGCCACAGUUCCUCUGUGGAUUUAGCCAUUUCACAGUAUUCCUCAGGUAAUUAGCUCCAAAAGUUUUGAAUGCAUUCUUAUGUUUUUUUUGUUUUUUAAUUGCCAGUAUUUAUGUCGAGAACAUACAGGCAAAUAGGGAAUGAUUUAUCGGGAUUCUAAAUAUAGAGCUCCGACCUCUUCUUCAAGGUCAAAU